AUGGACGCCUAUUGCAGGGAGAUCAGGAAGCUCGAAGCCAAAUUCUAUGGACUGGAGUUCCACCACGUCCCUAGGGACGACAAUGUUGCAGCAGACGUUCUGUCCAAGCUGGGAUCCAAGCGAUCCUUUGUACCACCAGGCGUGUUCGUUCAAGCACUCAACAGUCCUACAGUCAAGAUGGAGGAGGAACCCCCCACAAAGCCUGACUUGGUUCCGACCUUAGGGCAGCAGGUUCUGACUCUUGACACCGACUGGCGCUCCCCCAUUAUCAAUUUCAUCAAGAAUAAUAAAAGCUACCCAAAAGGAAAGAAGCACGAGAAGCUUGCACGCUGA